AUGGUGAUAGAGGAGCGCAAAUUAAAGGCACGUGAGAUCGAUGAGGCUACUAAGAUGUCAGCUGAGCGUGUACACAAUAUUUUACAUGAACAUUUGGGCAUGGAGAAGCACUGUGCUCGCGGGGUGCCGCAUUUGACCCCCAGCGACUAUCAUUUGCCUCCUAACUUUCAAAAAUGGCUCGGAGGUAAAAAAUUUCCGAUCAACAAGGAAGUCAUCGAUGCUGUGAAUAAGUAUUUUGAGGGACUUGACGAAUCGGCCUAUAAAAAUGGCAUCACUGCAUUAGAGCACCGUUAUGAGAAAUAUUUAUCCUUGAGGGAAAUGAAAACUGCCUCUCAAGAAGAUGUGUAG